UGUCUGUGUCCGUGUCUGUGUCUGUUCAUCCGUCCAGGUGCUGCGAUGGAGGAGGUGACCCGCCUGGUGUCGACAGGAGACUGUGUGAGGAUCUGGGAUGCAGCAUCGAUGGCGCCGUUGGAGCAGUUUAACCCUCACAGCGCCAGUCACCCGGUGGCUCAGGCCUGCUGGAGCUCCAACAACCAGUACCUGGUGAGCGCCAGCAGCAGCGGAGACAAACUGGUGGUCUCCAGCCUCAAAUUGUCUCCUGUCCCGGUGGUGGAACUGGGCGAGGGGAAAAAGCAAACCCGUGUGUGUCUCAGCUCGUCGUCCCAGUUUCUGGUCAGCGGAGGUCUGGAUCACUGCGUCCACAUCUGGGACCUGAAGACCAAGAGACUGCACCGCUCCCUCAAGGACCACAAAGAGGAGGUGACCUGCGUGUCCUUUAACGUCAACGACAGCUACGUGGCGUCCGGCUCCACCAGCGGAGAUCUGGUCCUCCACAGUCUAACCACCAACCUUUCCAGCAAAGCCUUCGGACGCGGCAGCAACCAGGUCAGAGUGUUUGUCAACACAUUUUUUCCUACAGCCCCCGAGGGCCAGAUCGGGCCCCUGACAGGACCCCGACUAUUCUCUAAUCCCCAAUAAAAUACUGUGAUGGACUCUGUGAACAGUUUUUGUCCUUUUAGUCUCCAUAAGGUGUCAGAGACAUAAAACAGCAUCAACAU